GUGGGCACAGGUGGGUGGCACUGGUGGGCACAGGUGGGUGGCACUGUGGGCACAGGUGGGGGCACAGAGUGGCACAGGUGGGUGCACUGCUGGGCACAGGUGGGGGCACUGCUGGGCACAGGUGGGUGCACUGCUGGGCACGGGUGGGCGGAGCUAGUGGGCGCACUGCUGGGCGGAACUUGCGGGUGUCACUGCUGGGCACCGAUCAUCAGGGCACUGAUCAUCAGUGCCCUGAUGAUCGGUGCCGAUCCCCGCUCUGACAACUGCCGGUUCUCGGCAGUACUUUCCUCACGAUCUGACAGCGUGAGGAAAGUGCAGCCGAGAACCGGCACUUGC